UCCAGAAGCAGGUCGGUGCGCGUCGCAUUCAGUCCAGGAGAGAAGUGUUCAUUCUUCUCUGUACUGCAGUUCAGACCAACAACAAUGAAGCUCUCCGGGUUUCUCCUCCUGGCCUUCCUUACAUGGACCACCGAUGCUAUUGUUCGGAUCCCCUUAAAGAAGUUUCGCUCCAUCAGGCGGACUAUGUCUGACUCAGGCCGAGCUGUGGAGGAACUCUUGGCUGGUCCACGGCACAUGAAGUACAACCUUGGAUUUCCACCAUUUUCUGCACCAACCCCUGAAACACUGAAAAACUAUCUGGAUGCUCAGUAUUACGGAGAGAUAGGUCUUGGCACUCCGGUCCAGACCUUUACUGUGGUUUUCGACACUGGAUCCUCCAACUUAUGGGUACCCUCUGUCCACUGCUCCUUUACUGAUAUUGCUUGUUUGCUUCAUCACAAGUAUAAUGGAGCCAAAUCCAGCACCUAUGUAAAGAACGGCACUGCUUUUGCUAUCCAGUAUGGCUCUGGAAGUCUCUCUGGGUAUCUCAGUCAGGACACCUGCACAAUCGGUGACAUUGCUGUUGAGAAGCAGAUAUUCGCAGAGGCCAUUAAACAGCCAGGAAUUGCCUUCAUUGCAGCUAAGUUUGAUGGCAUCCUGGGCAUGGCCUACCCCCGCAUUGCUGUGGAUGGAGUUCCCCCAGUCUUUGACAUGAUGAUGAGCCAGAAGAAAGUGGAGAAGAAUAUCUUUUCUUUCUAUUUGAACAGGAACCCAGCUACUCAGCCUGGUGGAGAACUCUUGUUGGGAGGCACAGAUCCCAAGUACUACACUGGAGACUUCCACUAUGUUAGCAUUAGCAGGCAGACCUACUGGCAGAUUCACAUGGAUAGCAUGAGCCUUGGCAGUCAGCUAACCCUGUGUACAGGAGGCUGUGAGGCCAUUGUAGACACUGGAACCUCAUUGAUCACUGGCCCUGCCGCUGAAGUCAAGGCCCUGCAUAAGGCCAUUGGGGCUAUUCCUCUAAUCCAGGGAGAGUAUAUGAUCGACUGUAAGAAGGUGCCUUCCCUUCCAACUAUCAGCUUUAUGUUGGGUGGACAGAGCUACACACUGACUGGAGAGCAGUACAUCCUCAGGGAGAGCCAGGCUGGUAAGGAAAUCUGUCUAAGUGGAUUCAUGGCUUUGGAUAUCCCUCCUCCUGCCGGACCACUCUGGAUUUUAGGUGACGUGUUCAUUGGGCAGUACUACACCGUGUUUGAUCGUGAGAACAACCAAGUGGGCUUUGCCAAGGCCAAAUAGGCACAUCCUGCUGUAGGUUUUUUAAUUAAGUAAUGAGUAAGAGAGAUAACGGGAGCAUGAAAGAUUUUAAAAAAUUCUCCACCACUAUCAUAUCAGCUGCUGUAAUGAUUACCUGCAUAACAAGACAUUUGUGUGGUUGUUUGCACUAUAUUACUUUAGUUCACACAGUUACUCCGUUAGCUAAAACAAAUCAGAUCACGGUCCAGAUCUAGUUUUAUGGAUCAGGGUGUAGAAACAGAAACAGUUUUGUUUGUUUUUUUAUAGUUUUAGGAAUUUUACUUUGUUUUAAUUGCUUGUUUGUAAAAUUACCUCAGACUGGGUACAGUUGUGAUAAGUUUGAUUUUUAAACUAUUGGUUUUUAAAACUAGAUUCAUAUGUACUCAUGCUACUGAUUUUAAUUUUUGGGUUGUUUUUAAACGUGUGAUUUAGGCAGUGCUUUGCAGUAAUUUGUGUUGAAAAUAGUAACAUUUAAAAAUGUGCAAAAUUUAUCAAUUGACUGUGUGUGGUAAUCAUCUGUAAUAAACAGCCUUGUUAAACAGUUCUUGUACACAUUAAACAAACAAUAAAGUGACUUGCCUUGA